UUUCGCCUCGUCCAUCUUGAAUCAGCUGUACCCUCAACCCCACAGAUAAGAGUCAAAAAGAACAAUGAAACCUUAAUCAGAUCACAGAUCAGCGCCUCCCGCCGCCUCGACGGCGGUUUGAAGGUGGUGGAAAAAAAAAAAAAAAAAAGACGAAGAAGACCUGCGGGGCCAACCGGAGCAGCAGUCAGCCAUUCAGAUCCUUUUCACCGCGGGAUGUGAACGAUGAGAGCCUCUCUACAAUAACGGGUGACCGCUGUGGCUUUGAGAGGACAGAGACAGAAAACAGCCGCAGGAGAAGCGCCUUUUUCGCUGCGGUCCCUCGAGUCAACCAGCAGCUUUAAGGGAAGUUGGAAGCUAGCGCGAGCCCGGUUCUCACAUCUCCGCGCACGUUAGGCGCGAGCUACAGGCGCGUGGGAUUUCCUACACUUCUCCGCCGUUUAUUAAUACUACGAGUUAGUUUAACUACCAGCCCGUUGGUUAAUGUAGAAGAGUCGGUUUAGAAGUAACGCUUCAACAGGUGUUUGGAGUACUUUUCAUGGAAGCCUCCGCAGUCUUGGGCGUGUCGGUGAACAGCCCUCCUCGGCUUUGUUUCUUUGGUGUGCACCAUCCAUCUCAUCAUGGACAGCCUGCUGAGUGGGGCCAGUAAAGGGGCCAGUACCCUUCAGUCAGCACAGACCUCAUCACGUCAUAGAUGCCACUUGCUGUCUUCGCCCCUGUAUGACUGACUUUCGGAAACAAUAAAGCUUAAAUUCCUCACAGCCUUAACAAAAGAGCCAUGCGUCCAUUACUGGCCUUCACUGUCUUUUGGCUGCUGCCGCUGGCCUUGAUGCUGGAAGAAGACUCACCGCUGGACUGUGUCCCCCGUAGAUCUGUGUCCUAUCGUAGGGACAAUGGUCACAUGUUUCGUGAGGAGGGAGUGUUCAACUACUCCACCAUGCUACUGAGAGAAGAUCUGGACCUGCUCGUGCUGGGUGCCAGGGAGGCAGUGUAUGCUCUUGACCUCAACGACAUCUCCAAGAAACUUGCUUCAGUUAAGUGGGAAGUGACACAACAGCAAAAAGAUGAGUGUAAAAACAAAGGAAAAGAUCCUGAGAUGGACUGCAAGAACUAUAUCAGGAUCCUGCAUAUGACAGAGGAUAAGAACAGGAUGUAUGUGUGUGGAACCAACGCUUUUGAUCCUGAGUGUGAUUACAUGUCCUAUGCAGAUGGAAAGCUGACUCUUGAAAAGAAAGGAGAGGAUGGCAAAGGGAAGUGUCCAUUCGAUCCAUUUCAGAGAUAUGCCUCCAUCAUGUUGGAAAACAACCUGUACUCAGCCACUUCAAUGAACUUCCUGGGCUCUGAACCGAUCCUGAUGCGCAGCUCUCCCAGCUCCAUACGCUCUGAGUUCAAGAGCUCCUGGCUUCAUGAGCCCAACUUUGUUUCCAUGGUUGAGAUGCCUGAGAGUGAGAUUAGUGAGGUGGGAGAUGAUGACAAGGUUUACCUGUUCUUCAGUGAGACAGCUGUGGAGUGCGACUGCUACAACAAACUGGUGGUCUCCCGUGUGGCCCGUGUCUGCAAGGGGGAUCUUGGAGGUCAGAGGACCUUGUGGAAGAAAUGGACAUCCUUCCUGAAGGCCAGAAUGGACUGUCCAGUGCUUGAGUCCCAGCUGCCGUACAUUAUUCAGGACGCGUACCGCUGGUGUGACCCCCAGCAGCACUGGAAGGACUGUUUGUUCUACACCGUCUUCACACCACAGUCGGACACAUCAGACCUGUCUGCAGUGUGUGUGUACCGCGUGUCCGACAUCAGCAGAGUGUUUGCGGAGGGGAAGUACAAGACCCCGGUCCCCGUAGAAACCUCUUUUGUUAAGUGGGUGAUGUACAGCGGAGAUGUCCCCGUCCCUCGGCCCGGAGCUUGUAUAGACAAUGAGGCUCGUAAAGCGGGCAUAACUCAGACUCUGGACCUCCCAGACCGGACCCUUCAAUUUAUCAAAGAUAGGCCCCUCAUGGACCAAGCUAUCCAGCCAAUAGGAGAGAAGCCUCUUCUGGUGCGAAGGGGAGCUACAUUCACACGCAUCAUAGUCAACCAAGUGCAGGCCGCAGAUGGCGAGAAGUACCAUGUCAUGUUCAUAGCCACAGAGGAAGGAACAAUGCUGAAAGCAGUUAACUACGAUGGAGAGAUGUUCAUCAUAGAGGAAAUACAACUCUUCGAGCCCCCAGAGCCAAUCAAGAUUCUGAAGUUCUCUAAUGUCAAGGAUCAGCUCUAUGCAGGGUCAGACUCCGGCGCAGCACAGAUACCACUGGCCACCUGUGGGAGGUCCUUAUCCUGUAUGGACUGUGUGCUAUCCAGAGACCCAUACUGUGGCUGGGACAAAGUUGUUGGGAAAUGUACUCUCCUCUCUAGUUCUCAAAGAGAACUAAUCCAAAGUGUGAAAGAAGGAGAUGCCUCUCUUUGCCCAGAUGCUGAUCCUGUUAAGCCCCUGAAUCAAUCCAUCUGGCCUGGAGGAAACCUGAAGCUCCGCUGCGUUUCGCCUUCCAGCCUGGCAAAAACCACCUGGGAGCGGGACGGCAGCCCUCUGAGCCCUGCAACUCGCCUGCAGCUUCUCAGAGACGGACUGCUUAUCCUCAAUGCCUCAGGCUCUGACACUGGUCGGUACCGCUGCCUGUCUGUGGAGCGCUCCAAAGCUGGCGAGUACAUCACCACUGUGGCCGAGUACCACGUUGGCAUAGGUCCAGCAGGAUCUGGCAAUGGGAAUCUGAUUUUUCCCCAGGCUCAGAUGGACGGCCCCUCGGUGGCUGGACUGCAGGCUGUGAUCGUGCUCCUUGUAGUUGCUCUCCUUGCCCUUUUGGUCUGGAACUUUUACAAAGGCCACUUACCACUGCCGUGGAACUGCGGUCAGAAGAACAGAGAGCAGUCCCAGGGCCAGGGGGGGCUGAACUCCAGUGUGACUUACCAAGAUGCACCGAGGCCUGCACUAGGAGAAGACAAACCCCUAGUGUCAGGAAGAGACAAUAGUACCAGUAAUAACAACCACAGUGGAGGGGAGGUGGCAUUCAGUGCUGCAGAAGAGAAUGACACCCCAAAAGUGAGUCUUCCAUCUCUGCAGUUUAUUGAUGAUGAAUCAGAAAUCUGAAAAUGACAAGAACCUUACUAUAUUCACUUUCCCAUUGACUGCCAUUUCAGUUUGACACAUGAAUGGGAAUACCCCACAGGGCAGAAUGGAUUCAUCAGUUCAACUGUAAUAUUUGAGUUGAAAUCUCAGUUUAUGGGAAAUUUACAGUAAGUUGUUGAAACGUUGCUUGGAGAAACAAUGAACUGUUUGUGUACAGUUUAACACGCCAAAAGAUUCUGUAAUAGGUUUUUUUGUACAAGUAUGAGCUACACUUGACUUUUUGUUUCACAUUUCUGUUUUAGUGCAAUUGUGAAUACAUUUAAAAAGUACAUUUUAGUUUCCUCCUAAAGGGUGUAAAGCCCAUUUAUAUCUUGCAAAGAUUAGUAUGAUUUUCACAGGGAAUGUACAGUAACUGAAAUUGAGCCAUUUCACUUCUAACUCCUAGCUUUUAUUGUAUUAAACCUUUUCUACCUGG